AUGGCUUUGUCAAUGACUGCAUGGGCAAGAGAAAUUACGGGUGACAAGACAGGCAGAACAAUCAAAACUCUGCCUCUGUGUGCUUACACUGACAGCAAAGGCAUAGAACGAUUGGCGACAUUCUCUGCACUGUCGAAUUAUGUUAUCAUAGAGAGGAUAUAUGCCGUUCGACUCGCGUCAUCUGGAUGUAUAUUUAAUGCAGAACAGAAUUUCGUAGAAUGCACAGAGUGUGGAAAAAUAACUGCGUUAGCAAAGGUUUGGGCGAUCACGACCCUUUUCGACGUUAGGGCCUUUCAUACAUGCAGGCCAAUGUGUUGUGGAUUAUCUGCCUACAACAUGAAACAGGAGAGGGAAGAACGAGAAAGAAUCCGCAACGACCAGCUGAGCUAUUCUGAACUUGUUGAGAGAUAUGGCAUUGUGCCUCGACAGUAAGCGAGAGACAAUUGGUAUAACUAAUUUGUUGAGGUCAGAGUGUGUUGGGUAAAAGCCCAACCAUUUGUUUACAGGUCAUAAUAAGUUUACCAAGCUAUAUUAUUUAUGAGUGAUGUACAAACAUUAACUAAACUCGGAAUAUUCUUGAUUUUCAUUUUUUUUUAUCAUUGUAGAAGUGGUGAUGAGGUUGUUCUUUACAACCCAAAUUUACA